UGCAAUUCAGAUUUCUAAAUUCAUUCAUUCAUUCCAUCAUUUUAGCAUAAACAAUGAUGGGUCAAACAACGUCUUAACUCCAACAUUCACACACAAAAACACAACAAUGGCCAUCAAUUUCAAAACGCUUUCACUUGCAAUAUUCACAAUCCUUGUUCUCAAUGCAGAAGCUGCAGUCAAAGGAGGGUACUGGUACUACGACAGUGGCCUUGUUCCUUCAGCCAUUGAUUCCUCUUACUUCACACAUCUCUUCUGCGCUUUUGCCAAACUAAAUCCCAACACCAACAAGAUCACGUUACCUUCAUCCACCUUCUCAACCUUCACACAAACUGUACAGAAAAAGAACCCUUCCGUGAAGACCCUUCUCUCCAUAGGAGGAGGUGGUGAAGGUUCUGCUCCUUUUCCUACAAUGGCUAACAGUAGCGCUUCCCGCAAGAUAUUCAUAGAUUCUUCAAUUCAAGUAGCAAGAUCAAACAACUUCCAUGGCCUUGAUCUUGAUUGGGAGUACCCCAGUUCAGAAAAAGAAAAGACCAACUUCGGCUUACUCCUCAGUGAAUGGAGAACCGCCAUUACCCAAGAAUCCAGAACCUCAGGGAAGAUACCAUUGCUAUCAGCUGCAGUUGCUGGCUCUGAUCAGAUAUCACCGCUGAAAUAUUACAACGGUGAAGCUAUCUCGAAGAACUUGGACUGGGUCAACGUUAUGGUCUAUGAUCUCUUCAUUCCAAGUGGGUUCAAAACAACGAUGAGGCCACCGGCGCCGUUGUACAAUCCGGGAGGACAGUUCAGCGGAGAUCAAGGAAUAACGGCGUGGAUGAAUCAAGUUGGAGUUGGCGCUAAGAAACUUGCAAUAGGGUUGCCGUUUUAUGGGUAUGCAUGGAAGUUGGUGAAUGCUAAUAACCAUGGGUUGUUUGCGGCGGCUAAUGGCGGCGGUUCUACUCCUUCUGGAGAUGGGACUCCUCUAUAUAGUGAUAUAAGGAGUUUCAUAAAGAAUCAGGGGGCAAAGAGUGUGUAUAAUUCAACUUAUGUCACAAAUUAUUGUUACUCUGGAACUACUUGGGUUGGUUAUGAUGAUACUCAAAGUGUGUUUGCUAAGGUUAAUUAUGCCAAGGGAAGAGGAUUGCUUGGCUAUUUUGCUUGGCAGAUUGGUGGAGAUGACAGUUGGACACUUUCUAAAGCGGCUUCUAAUGCUUGGGGAUCUUAAGGAUGAAGGGCAAGGCUCAGUUCUGAGAGUGAUACAAUAAACAUGAAAUAAUAAUGUUCUCUAUCUACUUGUGUUCCACAUUAAAUAUAGCAUGUAUUUUCUCUUUGAGUUGCACUAGAGAUUGGAAGUUAAAGUUGUCCCUAUAUCAAACUUUAUCAAUAAUACAAAUCAGGGAUA